AUGGAGGACUCGGAGCCCGCAGAGGACGGCCUGCUCGCGGGCUUGCGCUGGAACCGGAGCGCGCGGGACCAGGCUCAGCUCAAACACAAAAUCCGGGACCUGCCGGGACUGCUUAAACACGGACUGCACCUGCGGAAGAAGAGCCAAUCACCUGACACAAUCCCCGGACCGAGCGCCGGUCCUACAGUCAACAAGUCUUGCUCCCAGAGUUUUCCGUGUGCCGGCCGAGCGGUGAGAAACGGCUUCCUCUCGCACGGACCGUACCCGGCGAAAGACAAGAUUCACCUAGCCAGAAUCAUACGGCGCAGUUAUGUUGGCGUGGAGUUGGUGCAGUGGCUUUGCGAGCAGUGCGUCUACGUGCGAUGUCGGACCACCGCCGUGCGGGUGUGGCAGGUUCUACUGGAGUUGGGAGUCCUCCUGUCUGUGGACCAGCGAGUCGUCUUCUCCGACUCCAACACGUACUACCAGUUCAGUUUCGAGGAGUGCGACUCCACCUCCUGCGAGUUUCGUGCCAACGAAGGGGAGUGGCCAGAGGCUGUUAGACUCCUCCUACAACUUGCUCCGUAUGUUCAGUUUCGCUGCGGGGACAGAACCAACAGCCCGUCGGAGGAGGACUCUGAGGGAAACCGCGAUGUGUGCAGCGAGAUCCUCCAGAUGAAAGCCUUAGAAAUGCUCACAUCUACCGUCCAAAACGAGUUGGCGGCAGCUCUUGCCCGAAAGACGCGCAAAGCUUUAUCAGAGCAGGACUCUGACAUGCCUGAAACGAGUCAGCAGAACGUGCGAUCGCCAUCUACAGAAACCAGCCCGUUGGGCGGCGUGUGCGCCCUGCAAGGUGGAGGGGGUAACGGCGGCGGGACCGUGUGCGGCCGAGAGGAACUGACCAACCGACUGGGCCUCGAGGCCGUUCAGCGUCUGGCUAAGGACGGCUGCCGGCUGUUGCAGAACCACAACUAUCGCUUGCCGGACAGGAACCAGGCGGAGGUGGUUGGUAGGGUUUGCCUGAAGGAGCGAGGACGCGACGUGCUAGUGUUGCAAAGAGUGACAUCGUCGCUGACAUCACCGUCGGAACGCCCCUCGCCCACAUCGUCAGGGGGUGGGUCCAGAGAGGAAGACAAAAGGUACGUGGUGGUGUCGGGGACGCCAUUGAAGAUCCUGGAGCAUCUGCUGAGCGACCUGCGGCUGGAUGACCAAAGAGGGGCGCCAGAGAGCACGGAAAGUGAAAUGCUGCUGGAUGACUUCCUGUUAACCUACCUGGUGUUCAUGUCCACCAACGACCUGUGUCAGGCUCUGCUGGGGCACUAUAGCGGCGCUCGCAGUCGAGGCCAGGAAGAGGGCAAGGAUACCCUCUUCAGGAAGCGCAAGGUCCUGCAGCUGGUCUCCCACUGGAGUCGACUCUACAAGGACUUCCUCAAAGAGGAGGAGCACGUUCGCGGAUUUAUGAAGACACUUUACAGGUGCGUCCUUGAGGAUCUCUACGAGUUUCCAACACUGGAAAAAGACCUCAAAGAGUUUCAGAAGCUUCUACGCCGUAGACACACAGUGGAGGACUGUCCACCCAACCAAAAGAGCAAACAAAUCCACCAACAACUGAGUUUGAAGGAAAACGGUUUGCAACUCCGAAGUCCUCCAUCUGACGCAAGAGAAGUUAUUUGCUGUGUCUACGUGAGCGCCGACUCCUACCUGAGCGUCCACACGCAUCCCUCGCUAGAAGCCCACGAGCUGCUAAGAAUCGUGAGACUGAAGAUGGACCGGUCAGAAGAAGACAUGGUGCUCGCUGUCUUCACGCACACUGGAGAGCGCAGGAUGUUACAGCCGAGCGACUGCGUGUAUUCGGAGUCGCUGACGCCGCAGGGGAAGCUUGUCGUCUGUCGGAGGGAUUUCGUGGAGAUCUUGCCCCCUUUAACUGACGGCGCUGAGCUCAGCAGGAGGGCGGUGCGCCUUUUGGGGAUUAACACGUGGGACGUGGCGGCAGCUCUCACGCACCUGGACUGGAGUCUAUUCAAAUCCAUCCAUGAGCAAGAGCUAGUUUACUACACACUCCGACGUUUCCCCGGCGGCGGCCACACGGCGGCGCUGCAAGUCUUGCUGCAGCGCUGCAACGAGGUGCAGCAGUGGGUCAUGUCCGAAGUCCUCAUGUGUGCGUCGCUCAACAAGCGAGUACAACUACUGAAAAAGUUCAUCAAGAUUGCAGCACAUUGCAAAACGCAGCGGAAUUUAAACUCCGCCUUCGCGAUCAUCAUGGGACUCAACACGGCGGCAGUGAGUCGACUCAACCAAACCUGGGAGAAAUGUCCAGGAAAGUUCAAGAAACUUUUCGCAGAGUUGGAGCUGAUCACGGAUCCGUCUCUUAACCACAAAGCUUACAGAGAAGCUUUCAAGAGAAUGAAACCUCCAAAGAUCCCUUUUAUGCCUCUUCUUUUGAAAGAUAUCACCUUUAUCCAUGAGGGCAACAAGACCUUCCAUGACAACCUGGUGAACUUUGAGAAGUUGCACAUGAUCGCAGACACAGUCCGAAUGAUUCGACACUGCCAAAGCGACCAAACAGGCAACGAAGUGAUCGGAGUGGACAGCGCCGAGUUGCGGGCGAGCGUCCACUACUUACACAUCAUCGACAAUCAGCAGACACUCUUCGAACUCUCCCACAAACUCGAACCGCGGGCCUAG